UUCCUGAUCAUAAAAGAAAGAUUCUCUACCUUAGGCUGUCAGUCAGCUCUUUGGUGCAUAGUCUCCCUCUUUGGACCGGCUGUGGUCUGAAAGAGACAUCAGCCUGCAGACCGGCUGCUGAGCUUUGGAGCUAAGGCUGCCUUGUGCGUCAGGUAAUCCAAUUGAGUUCUUACUUGCCCACGGCCCCACAGAUUCCCAUUCAGCCAGCUGCUAAAUGCCGACUGCUUCAACUGGAGGGUGAACUGUCAAAAAAACAAAAACAAAAAAGAGUGAAAGAAAAAAGAGAGAAGCGUAAACAACAUGCAGCAGCCAUGUCGUUGCCCUCAACUCCAACCCAGGAGGUGCUAGGCUGGGCGUGCAACUGAGAGAAGGAAACUUAUUGUUCACUUGCUUAGCCACUUGCCAGAGUACUCAGUGCUUAGUUACGAAACAUAAACAAAGCAGCAAAAAGAAAGAAAGAAAGAAAUCAAAAAACAAACCAACCCUGCACUUCACUGGGAAGUUUGUGUCUAUGAAGACUUAGGCUACAGGUUUCAGGGAAAGAUAUCCGAGAUUUUGGACUAUUUUGGAUGCAGCAUCUGUCCAGCUGUUGCAGGAUGAGCAGCUCGUGUGUGACUCUGGCUGAGGUCCUGCAGCUGAAGGGAAACCCUCUGGAGGAGGAAGAGAUAUGGGCUCUCUUACACUUGGCCACAGAAAAUCUUCUCCAGGACCUGCCCAAAGACCCACUUAUCCAUGUGAUUUGCCCAUGGUCAAUGGUACUUUCAGCCAGAGGAAGUUUGUCUUUCCAAGACAAUGUGUCUCACCCAGAGGCUGCCCCUUUCAGGGCACCAGAACUGCUCCAUGGACAGAAUAAAAACAAGCAUGUUGGACUGACAAAGAUGCUGGUGUAUUCUUUGGGAAUGACCCUCUGUUGGUCAGCAGACUAUCAGGUUCCUCCAAACCAGUCCCUUCAGCUGAGUGAUCAGUUACACGCCCUGCUACUAAAGCUGUGUGAAGAUCUGCCGUAUAAAAGACUUUCCCCAGAAUCCAUUUUGGAGGCAUGUGAAGUGCACCAGAAGGAAUCUUCCUCUUCUCCUGCAAGUGUUUACAUCCAGAGAAUGGUCAAAUGUGUGCUAGGAAGCAUCACUGAGGUAGAAGAGGUAGCCACUGAAGACAGCCAGCUGAACAGAAGCAAUGUGAUAAGGAAAAGGCUGCACAAGAAAGUAUCUGACAGCUCAGCAUUGCCCUCCCAGCUGAAUUUUCAUCAAGGGGCCAAGUUACUGAAUUAUAGUCGGUCGGCAGAGGAUUACAGACAACUUUCUGUGGAUUAUUGUGACUCCAGCAGCAUUUCGGAGAGCACAUCUUUGACAUUGUCAAACAGGGGCCGCAGGAGAGGGAGAGCUCCGCAGGCACAGCGGGCGUGGGACCCAAACCUGAAUGGGUCGAGGACACACAGUAGCUACAAGCUCUUCAUUAACAGAUCAGCAAGUGCUGUGGAUGAAAUCCCUGCUGGGGCUCAGAAGAAUGACAAGUCCAACCUUCUGAGUUUAGGCUCUACCUUCUCGGUGUCUGCCAAGGACUCGUUAGCAGCUGCUGCGUCGCUGAGGUGCUUGUUUCAAAGGAAAGAAAAGUUUUCAGGGCCAGAAUUUAUCAUUCUGUCCAGUGAACCACCAGUGACCUUACAACUGCCUGGAUCCAUCAUGACUAAAAAAGGGAAAUCCUAUUUGUCUCAAAGGGACCUCAAUGUGAUUCUGCUCAACGGGCAGUGCCUCAAGGUGAAAUGUGACAUCAAAUCGAAGGCGAGAGAUGUCUUCAAUACAGCCAUGGCCUACGCGAACCUGGUGGAACAUUUCUACUUCGGCUUAGCUUACCUGAAAGGUAAAGAGUUUUUCUUUUUGGACGACGAGACUAAACUCUACAAAGUAGCCCCAGAAGGUUGGAACGACCAACCCAAGAAGAAAACCUUCAUCAUUAACUUCACGCUCUUUCUGAGGAUAAAAUUCUUUGUCAACCACUUUAACAUCAUCCAACAUGGUCUGACAAGGCAUCAGUUUUACCUGCAGCUUCGUAAAGAUAUUCUGGAGGAGCGGCUGUAUUGCAAUGACGAGACCUCCCUGCAGUUAGGUGCUUUAGCCUUGCAGGCAGAACUUGGAAAUUAUGCUCCCGAGAUGCAUGGGAAGAACUAUUUUCGCGUUGAAGACUACGUUCCCGUGAGCCGGAUAGAGAAAAUGACCCUGGCGUGCAUACAGCGAGAACUCGCCAAGCUGCACCGCAUGAACCACUCCCUCUUUGAAGAUGAAGCCGAGCUGGAAUUUUUAAGGGUGACUCAGCAACUCCCGGAGUAUGGGGUGCUGUUCCAUCGGGUGUCCCAAGAGAAGAAGGCAGCCGGAGGGGACACUGUCCUGGGAAUCUGUGCCAAGGGCAUCAUUGUGUACGAGAUGAAAAACCACACCAGAACUGCCAGUUUAAGAUUUCAAUGGAGGGAAAUGGAGAGGAUUUCAGCUCAUAGAAAAAAGUUCACGAUUGAAAGCAACUUCAGUGGCAAAAAGCACACGUUCGUCACCGACACGGCAAAGACUUGCAAAUAUAUACUGGACCUCUGCUCUGCCCAGCACAAAUUUAAUGCCCAGAUGCAUUCCAGGCAGCUUCAGCAAGCUUCCUCCGAGGACAACAAGUUUAUGGAAAUAGUCAAAUCAAAUUCUGCUUAUGCAACUCAGCACGAACAUCUUGCCCUGAUUCAGAGACUGUCCUGCUCAGAAAAUGUCCUGUACGGGGCCAACCUGGAGCACAUGUCUGCUGGGAUGAUGAGCAAGUCUUGCGAUAACCUCAGUGUGGAAACCAACAAUGGGAUCGGGGACAAAAGCAAUCUAGGCAGCUCUUACUCUGGAUUGUCCCAGUCAGAAGUACACAUUAGUUUGAAUGAAAAACAACGGAGCUAUGAUUAUCUCUCUAUCCAUUCAACUCCGAAUACAGCCAGCACCCCGGGUUCCCCAAUCAGUCAAAGAGAGAAUAUGCUGGCUGGAUUAGAAAGAGAAAUCAUUUGUGUCACUUUAAAACGAGAUCCUAAAAAUGGCUUUGGUUUCGUAAUUAUUGGAGGAGAAAAUGUGGGGAAAUUAGACCUCGGAAUAUUUAUCGCAUCAAUUAUCCCUGGGGGACCUGCAGACAGAGCUGGGCAUAUCAAACCAGGGGGACGACUCAUCUCCGUGAAUAAUGUUAGCCUCGAAGGUGCUUCUUUUAAUACAGCGGUUAAAAUUAUACAGAAUUCUCCUGAUGACGUGGAACUGAUCAUCUCUCAACCCAAAGACAUAUCUGAAGAAGGACUGAAUGAGGAGAAGAAUUUGUCAAGAAAAAACAGCACUAGUGGGUCUGAGAUCUCUUGUGCAGACAGUGGAAGAAAAAGGAUUCAAGACUGUCAUACAGCACCUUCCAAAGAACAAGUCAUAAAUACAGAUGAACUCAAGAAGGUUCUUUCUUGGAAUUUAGCACCAAAAUUGGGUCCCAAGAUUCCUGUUCUUUCAGUUGACAGCUUGGAUAUGGCGGAAGCCAACUCCUCCCACUUUCCACCGUCUGCCGAAAGCAAUUCAGAUGAAAUCUAUUCUGUGGAGUUGGUUAAAGAAGGCGGGACUCUUGGAAUCAGUGUGACUGGUGGGAUCAACACUAGCGUGCGUGAUGGUGGAAUAUACGUGAAGUCAGUUAUCCCCAGAGGACCAGCUGAUAAGGAUGGACAAAUAAAAAAAGGUGAUCGGCUGCUGGAGGUGGACGGGAUCAGCCUCUGUGGCAUCACGCACAAGCAGGCUGUGGAAUGCCUGAAGAAAUCUGGCCAGGUUGUCAGGCUGCUUCUAGAAAGGGGACGUCACAAAUCUGCAGAGCCGUGUCCAGCUGCUAAAGACAGAACGGAUGAGAAAUCUGUGAUCGUUUCCUUGGCAAUGCCCUUGUCAGCUGGUCCCAACGGCUACUCCUUUGCAACAGAUGAUAACAUGUUUGAAGUCAAGCUGACGAAGAACUCCGGAGGCCUCGGCUUCAGUUUUCUGCAGAUGGAAAGAGAGGCUUGUGAACACCUCGGAGGAGAGAUUGUGAGGAUCAAAAAACUGUUUCCAGGGCAGCCAGCUGAAGAGAAUGGAGAGAUUGAAGUCGGAGAUGUCAUUUUAGCUGUUAAUGAGAAACCUAUUCAAGGACUCUCGUAUCAGGAUGUCCUGCACUUGCUGAGAGGAGCUCCUCGACAAGUCACGCUUCUUCUCUGCAGACCUCCGAAAGGUCUUCUUCCAGAAAUAGACCAGAGUGCACUGACCCCAGUGCCUUCUCCGGUUAAGGAGUUUGGGACCGUGACGCCAGCUACCCCAGAGCCCAGCCGUGGUGCUCAUGCUGCUAGCGAGAGGGACAGUACCUCUCCAGAACUGGAAGACCAUAUGGAUUCUGAAGCAGUGGCCUCUUGCGGUGACCCUCCUGAGGAGGAGAACUUGUCUCCUGAGGAGCAGGGCAUGGAACCUUCCGAAGAGAAGCCAUGUGACAGGCCUGGAGCCCACAGUGAGCACUCCUACAAGCACCUCUGGAAAUGGCAUCAGGAAGCCAUUGCCUCUGAGACGUUCCUCUCUCUGGAGGAAGAGGUGAUGCGGAACUGCUAUUCUCCAUGUGAGAGCGGAAGGGCUGAAAGCCCUGCCUUUGAGAGGAGUGACGAUGACCUCGCUAGCACCUAUUGCGUCCCUGACAUUCUCUCCCCCACCCCUAUUGAUGAGGAGUAUCUCACACUGAGCUCCACGUCUCUGACCUCGCUCUCAUGUGGCGGGAGCUCGGACAUGGCCUCCACCACUAUCGCUACCCCGCAGCCACGUGGCCCUUUCUCGGCCCCCUUGCCUGCUAGAGAACCGGGCAAUAGUGACAAUGAGUGGGAGGACAUGGAGGAACUAGAGGGAGAGGAGAAGGAAGAGGAAUAUAUCAGGGAAACGGAGGUGCUUGUCACUGUGACAAGGUCGGAGAACAAUUGUUAUGGAUUCACAGUGGUUCCUAACAAACUGGACAACUGCCUGUAUGUGGAGGAAAUCCUGUCUGAGCCUGCCCUGUCUGAUGGAAGGCUGAAGAGAGGGGACAGACUCAUUAUGGUGAACGGAGUUGAUGUCACAGCAUUCUCCUUUGAUGAAACCCUGGCGUUGCUGCACAGCUCUCCUCCCGAUCUGAGCCUGGUGGUUGGCCGGGUUAACGAGGACCCCUAUGCCUCUGUUAGACCAGAUGAGAUUCCUGAAAUCACCCUCACAAAAGGCGACAAUGGACAACUGGGCUUGAAGUUAACAGGAGGAGCCGGGAGCAAAUUGCAGGGUAUCUAUGUGCUUGAGAUCGUGCCAGGCUCUCCUGCCAGCAUAGAAGGCAGUCUGCAGCCACGGGAUCAGAUUGUCUACAUCUGCGGGCUAUGGACAGAGGGCCUCAGCCUGGACGAUGCAGUGCGAGUGUGUGAGGCUGCUAGCCACAAUGUCUGCAUCAGGGCAACAAGAAAUGGCAAUCCAGUGGUUCCCACAGAGCAGCAGAAUAAGCCACCUGCUGAGCCAGAGGAAGUCAAAGUGUAUCUCUCAAAUGAAAACGUGAGUCUCCAAGAGCAACAUCUACCCCGUCAACAUACAAAGCACUCGGAGGAAGAAAGUGGUGGGGUUGAGCAAAGCACAUCUGACUCAGCAGAUUAUGAGGACUGCAUCAUUAAGAUUGAGUUGGAGAAAACAGCCAACGGGAGCCUGGGAUUUGCGCUGGUAGGUGGCAGAAAUGGCCGGGCUAUCCUAAUUAAAGCCAUCAGCCCAAGAAGUAUCGCUGAUCUCGAUGGGAGGCUUCAAGUGGGUGACAUUUUACUAAAGGUGAAUGGAGAUUUAGUGUCUGGUUUAACGCGCAAUACGGUGAUUGACCUCUUACGCAAGGCUCAAGGCACUGUUCAGCUCACUGUCUGCCGAAGCACGGCAUUGCAUUGGGCUUAUUCAGGCAGCCAGUGCGAUACCUCUUCCCUCCAGAGCACAACAGCCCAGUCUGAUGAACAAGGUAGCGAGGGAAGCCUAGAAGCCGAGCACACAUUCACUUUCAGAGGAGUGGAAGAGGAAUCCAGCCAGAUGUGCAGCAAGGAUUCAGAAAGUAAAUGCGGUUCACCCUUGCAAAGUCAAUCAACUGAACUGGAGUAUGAGGCAAAUGCAGACAGAUCACAGAAAUACUACACAUGUGAAAGCAGCUUUAGAACAGACAGUCAGGAGUCUGAGACUGACAGCUGGAUAAGUGAGGAAGAUGAUGUGGCCCGGAGGAUUUCUGUUCUAUCCAGGGGCAGAAAACUUGUUUCUGAAGACGAGCUGACUCAGCUGACUCAUAUUAUGCCAUCACCGACUGGGGAAGAUCUGAGGUCUCGUCUCAGAGUUCUGAUCCAGAACCUUCGGAGGCAGAUUGAAGAACAAGAGAUCCUGAAAGAGUUUGUGGCUUUAGAACACAUGAAACCGCUCGAUGGCUGCCAAGUUGGGAAAGCGCCAGAAAACCGGGAGAAAAACAGAUACCGAGAUAUCCUUCCAUAUGAUGCAACACGGGUUCCUCUUGGAGCAACCAAGGGCUAUAUUAAUGCAAGUUACAUCCGAACGCAUAUUGGAGAAAAGGAACAUUUCUAUAUUUCAGCACAGGGGCCUCUGCCUUGCACUGUGGCUGAUUUCUGGCAAAUGAUUUGGGAGAAUGAGUCAGAUGUGAUUGCCAUGAUGACGAAAGAAGUGGAGCUUGGAAAAGUCAAGUGUCACAGAUACUGGCCUGAACCUCCACAGGACUCUCUAGACCUCAGUGAAUUCCAUCUGAGGCUGGAAAACGACCAGAUCUUGGAAUAUUUUAUCAUCCGAAUAAUAGAAAUAAUUAACAAGCAGACAGGAGAGAAACGCUUCGUAAAACACCUGCAGUUUACCACUUGGCCAGAUCACGGUACUCCCAGACUGAUAGAGCAUCUCAUAAAAUUCAUUCGCUACAUGAGAAAAGUUCACCAGACGGGCCCCAUAACCGCCCACUGCAGCGCUGGGAUUGGAAGGAGCGGGGUUCUGCUUUGUAUUGAUAUUUUGCUGAGCUGCAUUGAAAAAGGUCUAUGUUUCAAUAUCAAGCAGAUAGUGAGAGAGCUGAGGCUUCAGCGAUUUGGCAUGAUUCAAACCAAGGACCAGUACCUGUUCUGCUACGAAGUAGUGCUGCAGGUGCUGCAGAACAUUGAAGCCAUGGAAUCCCGUCUCCUCCAAUAAGAACCUCUGCUAUUGCCACUCAUCUUGGAGAGCCCCCGGUUACUGGAGACUUAUUGUAACGGGCAGCCAGACCAGCACAGACAGGCGCUGUACUGCAUGCACUACCUUGCUUGUCACGCUGUGUAAGGAAAUGCUGAUUUCUAAAGCAUUUCUAAAUCAGCAUAAAGUAGGUUGGUAAAUUAUUGAUACGCUGGCUCACUGACUUAAGAAUUGAUCAGCAUCACUGGCAAUAUCAGCUGUUUAGAUAUCAUUGGCUCCUUUUAUUCUGUGCCCAUGUCAAAGGGAAAGUAUUACUAAACCAGCUCUGUGAGUCUAUGUAUAUAUAAUUGUCACAGUAAACAUGCAAUUCUUCCCUUCCCAUUGAUUUACUACCUAAUAGUCCCUUACUGAGGGCCUGAUCCAACUCCAAUUCAAGUUGAUGGAAAGCUCCAUUGAUUUCGGGGGCAGGAGGGUUGAAUUUGGUCCUUAAGCAACAUUAAAUAGCUCUGUUGUACUAUAAUCUUUUUUGUGAAAGCUGGUUCACUUUCUGAAAGUUCCAGUUUGAGUAAAUCUCUCCUGUUCUCCCCUUUCCUCCCCUCCAGUUCAUCCCAUGAGACUGAAAUCUGCAUUAAACUGGAAAACUCUCUGGGAUAUCUUACCUACCUCACAGCCUGGGGCAUUGUGGGGGUUCAUUUGUUCAUGUUUGUAAAUUGCAAACUACUGCUAUGAUAUUAUUGUAACUCGUUUGCCUAGAGGGUUAUAUUUAUGGAAGUAGAAUUAUUAGCUAUGCAACAGAAGAUUACCUUCUGUUAAAAAUAGGUAACACAGUGGUGAAAUACAUUAACAGCAAUAUGUGUAUAAAAACUGCUUCCUUGAUUUCAAGACAGUAGUAAUAUUAAGAGGUAUUUGCAUACAAAGCCACUCUACAAGCUACAAGAUAAUAAUAAAUACUCUUGUUUCAUUUUAUUAUGGAUCAGAGUGAUAGAUUUAUGGCGGAAGAGGAAUAUGGCAUUAAAUACAACUUAAAAGCC